AUGAAAAAGCAACUUUUAAAAAACCCUCGCGCGAGACGAAUGUUGGAUUUAAUACCUCUUGAUAAAAAUGAAGAAAAUCAUUCAUCUGAAUAUCCAACUUCUAUAUCUAAAGCAGAUAUUGCUGAAGAACUUGUUACAGCAAGUGUAAUCCAAAGAUCUUCGAAAGUGAAACAGUCUUACGACUUAAGAGAUUUGAAAACAAAAUAUUACGAUGAACGUGAUAAAGAGAACGAAGAUUACUCAACAGAUGCCUCUUCUGAGUAUGUACCAAGCCUUAACCGUGAAAUCCAAACACCAAGCUCCACUUCAAGUUUUGGAGGAGACUCAGCUUGUAUAGAAAAACUAAUUGAAACCAACAAUAAGCUUUGGAUCGGGGCCUCUAAACUGAUAUUGGAACAACCCACAGACAAGCAUAGCAAUCUGCUUUAUGCCAAAACACCUUCUCAUACACCAUCAUGCCAAGAACACCGAGUAGAAGAGGAUUCAGGAGACGAGACAUUAAAAUCAAAUAAUGGAGAUAAUACUUUGAUCCCAAAUGAAACAGUAGUUGGAAACAGUCCAAUUAUAGAUAUUACAGCAGAACAUGAAAAUCUGCAUAUUCUACAAAGCAUAGAAAUGAAUCAAGCAAAAGUAUCCACAUUAGUAAUUAAUCGUGAAUUAAGUAAUCGUCAAGACAUUGAAAUAGGUCAAGAAGUCCCGCAGAUUAACGAUACCUAUACGGUUCAAUCAAAUGAAUUGUCCUCUUCUGAUCAAGAAAAUCUACAAAUAGAGAAUAUGCCUAAUAAUGAACAAUUUGAACAUUCUGUUACACCAAAUCAAAACAAAUUAAGUAGAAAACGAACUUGUAAGAUGGAUGAAUGGAAAGAUAAAAAAAACAAAGCUAUGAAAAAUUCUGGAAAAUCCUACGAAGGGGUUCGUACUAAAAAAAAAACUUGA